AUGGCCGGAGUUCAAAAGGUUAAGAGACUUGGUGACCGCAGAACGGGUCGUAGCCUCAUAAACGGACCCAUCAAGAUUCUGAACGGGAAGGUAUCCAGGCUCAUGUCCGAGAACGCAGACUUGAACAUGGGGACCUGGUCAAUUGCAAAGGCCUCUCAGCCAGGCUCUGGCAUCCCCAUCGGCGAAGGCAGUCAUCUGAGGGAUGUCACGAUAACAAGCCACGCAAACGCCAACUACCUUAGCACUACUUCCAUGGCCGGGUUGAACACCAUAGGAGCGACCGACGGCAGGAUAACAAAAGCUACUACCGCGUCCAGCCGUGAGCACAACGAACUCAACCUUAAUCUAUCCGACGGCAAGGACCUGACACCAGAGACAUCAUCAGCCGAUGAGGCGUUUGAAGCGAGCACUGAAUCUAUAACAGCUGGUGGGAAUUCAUUUGUCUUGGGCCAUCGACUGCAGACGAAGAGGGCAGAUGUCAACGAAGAAACUGAUGCCAGAGAGGACAAUGUACGCAAGAUGGGAGAUUUGUUGGAAUUGCAAGGCGCGUUCAAUUUGUUUGUGAGCAAUAAAUAA